AUGCCCGGAGCGCUGCUGCUGCUGUGGCUGCUGCUGCGGCUGCUGCUGCUGCUGCUGCUGGCGCUGACCACCCCCGGAGCUGCUCCGCUGGGACGAGCCACUCCGACCCCCGCCUCCACUGCCACCCCCGCCUCCACCGCCACCCCCGUCUCCACCUCCACCUCCCCCACCAGGACCGUCGCUCCCACCGCUCCCACCGCCUCCUCCGCUACCACCUCCGCCGCCACCUCCGCCUCCACCGCCGCCACCAGUACCUCCACUCCCGCCACCACCCCCACCGCCACCCCCACUCCCCCCGCCACCCCCACCGCCUCCUCCACCGCCCCCUCUAGCUCCACCCGCUCCCUUGCCCCCCUUGCCCUUGCCAGCGCGGCGUCUGCCGCUGGGGGCAGACGCCGCGCCGACCGACUCAAAACCAGUGAGCAGCUGAAAAUCUCACCGGGCUGGGAGAGGCGGGUAGGUCAGCAGCAGAGGAACAGCAGCACGGCUCCGCAGGCGGCUCGGGCGGCGCGGGCGGCUCGGCGGCGGCUCGGGCGGCGGCUCGGCGGCGGUUCGGCGGCGGCUCGGCGGCGGCUCGGCGGCGGCUCAGGCGGCGGCGGCUCGGCGGCGGCUCGGCUGCUGCUGGGCGGCGCGGGCGGCUCGGGCGUCACGGGCGGCUCGGCGGCGGCUCUGGCGGCUCGGCGGCGGCUCGGGCGGCGGCUCGGCGGCGGCUCGGCGGCGGCUCGGCGACGGCUCGGCGGCGGCUCGGCGGCGGCUCAGGCGGCGGCGGCUGCUGCUGGGCGGAUCGGCGGGGCCGCGUAG